AAACAGCCUGCACAAAAGCACCCAAACAGGAGCUGGAAUGAUGAGCUCCGGGAACAGCAAAUGGACCAGUUUGGCAGGAAUGUAGGGGGCCGUGGGGAGCCAUCUUGGAGCACCAGAGGAACAUGGUCAGGCUUGUGCAAUACUAAUCUGGGGAGAAGAGACACUGGAAGCAGUGCAAAGGUCAUUUUCCUUGGCAAAGAAAAUGGAAGCAGAAUUGGAAGAGUAGCUCUGCCAUCUUUCUGUUGUCAGUUAUCUCACCCACCUGAAGUAUCAGUAUCAGCCCUUCUUUGAUCUCCCUCUUUUUUUCUCAAUAUAGCUAUUAAAAAACACCCAAAGACUUUCCUAAAAUCUAGAUUAGGUCUGAUUUCCUUUAUUUCUAUCAUAAACUCAAGGAGAGGAUGUUUAUUUCACCUUAAAGUUCCCAUCAUUUCCCUCUCGGCAACCAGUUCUUCCCCAUUAAUAAGAAUCAAAUUUAGAAUUCUACUUCUCCUUGUUGGCUCCUUCAACUUUUGAAAAAUGAAGUCAUCAUUAAGAUCGUCUGUAGGAGAUUUGGGUCCCUCUUCAUAUUACCAUCUAAACCAUACGUAUGAGAUGAGGGAGCAGGAAGUGGGCCAGUGGCCUCUGCUGACUCUUGGCAAUCUGAUAAUUUUCUAUGAGGGCAAGUAUUUCACUGGUCGGAAGCUGGAGGUCUGUGGGGACUGUGACAACUUCCAGGACCGAGGCUUCAUGAACAGGGUCAACUCCAUCCGCGUGGAGAGUGGCGCCUGGAUUUGCUUUGACCACCCAGACUUCCGAGGACAGCAGUUCAUCCUGGAACGUGGCGAGUACCCUGACUUCUAUCGCUGGAACGGCCACAAUGACCACAUGGGCUCCUGUCGGCCAGUGGGAAUGCAUGGGGAACACUACCGCCUGGAAAUCUUUGAGGGUUGCAACUUCACAGGUGGGUCCUUUAUGAAGAACCAAACUACCGGGGUCACAUGUACGUGGUGGAGAGGGGCGAUUACCGAAGCUUCAAUGACUGGCAGGCCCACAGCGCCAAUGUUCAGUCCCUUCGAAAAGUUGUCAACUUCUUCUAGGGUGGCCCAAUUCUUCUGCUACUAUCUUGGAUGGAUGAAUCUCCAAGGGAACACCAGGGAAGUGUCUUGUUCUUCCCAAGCCAACACUUUCAGGAGACAAUGGGGAAUAAAGGCUAACGAGUUAGUUGGGGUUUCUGAGUGUUUUUCUCUUUUGGGGAAUGGAAUCCUUCUUUGAGAAUAGGGAAGGUGUAACCUCGCUCAUAGACAGGCUGUGCUAUCUUGCCCCUUGGGUAAUUGGAGGUUCUUCUCUUCCCAUCUCUCAAUCAUUUCUCCUCCUUCACCCUAGGUGGUUAAUUUCAGACAUCUCUCACUCCUGAGAAGUCUUCUAUAAAAUUCCAGUUUCUUUUACAUCUAUAGCUCUGCCCUGUGUCCUGUGAGCUGCUGAGAAUCACCCUUGGAGAAGAACGGGCUCAAUUCUUAGUCCCCAGUCCUCCAAGGAGGUGACUGACAGUGCAGUUGGGUCCCUUGAUAUAGAUGCAGGACUGGGAAUCAAUCAAUGAACAAGCAUUUAUUAAGUGCCUACUGUGUGCCAGCCAA